UGUCCUCAGGAUGAUCACUAAGAUCAGCUCUCAGAUCAGCAAGAAGGAGGAGAAGAGGAGCCUGUUCGGGAUAAAACCGACCAGAUAUCACGAACCAGCAGAAGCAACGACAGAGGUUCAGGGUUGGGGUGCCGAUGAGUUUUCGGAGGAAGAGUUGGACGAUGACUACGAGGACCCGGACAGCGGGGGGGACGGGGGGGGCAGCGACUACGAGUCCCCGAUGGACGACGAUAACAACGACUACGAGCCCCCCCCCUCCGAGCCCCCGGAGGACAUGGCGCUCAAACUGGGGCCCCCCCGCCCGCUGGGGGACGGGGAAUACAUCGGUAAGACCUUUAAUAACGCCUUUAAUGACGCCUUUAAGAACGCCUUUAAUACAGGGUUUAACACAUAAUGCAUCGGUAACACCUGGAAUAUAAAAUAA